AUCCAUCAAGCUAACAUGAAGGUUGGGUGCGCCAUCAAGCCGAAAACGCCUGUGGAUAAGGUUUUGCCAUUCGCUGACAAAAUCGAUAUGGCGCUGGUCAUGACCGUUGAACCAGGAUUCGGGGGACAGAAAUUCAUGGGUGAUAUGAUGGACAAGGUUCGCACGCUUAGAAAAGCUUAUCCAUCUCUUAACAUCCAAGUCGAUGGUGGAAUUUCUCCCAAGAAUAUAAAAGUGAGUGAUUCGCAUGGUUCACCUAGAUCUACAUAA